UUAUCUCCUAAUAUAUAUCCUCCCUAAAUUUCAUUGAGAAACAGAGCUACAAAAAUGUCAACUCUAAAUCUCCUUUCAAUUUUGAUCAUUCUUGUUUCAGCCACUAAUGCCCAAACAAAUGAUCAAAAUUCAUGGGCGAAGAGAGACAAGAGAGGAAAUGAGGUAACAACCACUCUUCAAUUCUAUUUCCACGACAAAUCGGGCGGCCCGAACCCGACAUCGGUGAGGAUUGCUCAAGCAGCCCAAACCAACAACUCGUCAACUUUCUUCGGCGCCUUGGUGAUGAUCGACGAUGCAUUGACUAUCGGACCCGAUCCGUUGUCAAAGAAUGUGGGCCGGGCCAGGGGCUUGUACGGGUCGGCCGGGCUGACAGAAUUUAGCUUGAUCAUGGCCGUUAGCUACGUGUUUACCGACGGAAUCUAUGAUGGUAGCUCGUUUAGCCUUCUUAGUAUCAACGAGGAGACGAAAUCGCCUCGGGAGAUGGCCGUCGUGGGUGGAACCGGGCUUUUCCGGCUGGCCCGUGGCUAUGUGAUCGCACGAACCUAUGCGGCCAAUUCUACCGAGGGUGCUAUCGUUGGCUACAAUGUUACUCUUUACACGAAAACAAUGUAUCAAUGAUCGAUGCGACAUACGAAAUAUAUAAAAAUAUAGUAGUUUAUAAGUUAAGGGGAUGAUAACAACUCAUAAGAUUCUAUUCCCCAUUUAUUCUCAUUGAAUGUUUGUUCAAAAUUGUAAACUUGCAUAUUUGUAUUAAUUUUGUUCCUGCCAUCUCCA